AUGGAACAUUAUUUCUCUGAAAAUUCAGAUAUAAUCUUUUCAGAAAUAAGCUCAGUCAAUAAUAAUAAUAAUAAUAAUAUUACUAUUGACUCUUCUCAAAUACUAGUAAAUCAUGAUAUUCCUAGUCCUACUAAGUUAUCAUCCACGGAGGAGCGUCAUGUAGACGCUCCACCGAGUUGGAGGAGAUAUCGAGGGGUAAGGAGGCGUCCGUGGGGGAAGUUUGCCGCGGAGAUAAGGGAUCCCAAGAGGAAAGGGAAUAAUAGGGUAUGGUUGGGUACAUACGAGACACCUGAGGAUGCAGCAUUAGCUUAUGACCGAGCCGCGUAUAAAAUGCGAGGGGCAAGAGCGUUGCUAAAUUUCCCACAUUUGAUUGGAUCAAAUGUAGGUGACUAUAAUAGAGUUUAUCCAAAGAGACGUUUAAAUUCUCUCGAUGAAAAUUCGAUUUCCACCACCAAAACAAGCAAUAAUAUUGAGUGUUCUCCAAGUCCAAAAAGGAGAAAUGUUGAGUUAAUAAAUAGCCUAGCCAAAGCCAAAGCCAGUUUGAAUAGUCAUUGUAUAAUGGAGAGAUUUGAAUUGGGCAAUUUGGCUUAA